UUCACCUCAAGUUUCAGCUUUCACUUGACUGCCUCCACCGACACGCAGCUACCGGCUUCCUUCUUCCACCUGACGGGUCUGCACACUCUUGUCUUAGCAGAUGCUUCACCACUGGAGUCUCCUGAUCUAGUGAACCUGACCUCUCUCACCACCCUUCAUGUGGCCUCCUCGAAGCUAACCAGUCAACGACUGCUGAUAACGUGUUGUAGCCAGCUGGAGCGAUUUCUUGAUGACUUUGGGGAGCUCCUGCCAUCUCUUCGAACCCUGUCCAUUUACGAAUGCAAUUAUUUAACCCGUCUGCCCGAAAGCUUAGCAUCUCUCAGCCUUUUGGAAAUGCUGAAGAGUUCUACGUGCUCCAGAUUCGAAAACCUGCCCAAUAACUUGGGUCAUCUCCCUGCCUUAAGGACCCUGAUUCUGGAUGAGCUCAAUAUUUCGAACCUCUCUGACUCGCUCUGCCAUCUCCGCUCUCUCAAGACAUUUUUCUUCAUUCAUUGCACCGUGAUUCAGCAGCUGCCAGAAGCCUUUUCCAAACUAACAUCUCUUGAAACCAUCUGCAUCCUGAACUCCAUGGAGCUGGUUCUGCCUGAAGGCAUUGGAGAGCUGUGCAAUCUCCAGACGCUUGACGUACAUGAAAACCUCGUGCAGCCGCUUCCCCCCUCCUUCACCCGCUUGACUUCCCUGACCAGACUUGAACUGGAUGGGUGCAGGCCUGAAGCGCUCCUCCUGGGUAUAGGGAGCCUGAGCAACCUGCAAGAGCUCUUAAUCCAUCACAGUCCUAUUAGGACGCUCCCCGAGUCGAUCACGGCUUCGACCAGCCUUGAGAUCCUGACUGUUGAUUCUUGCUGGCAGCUCUCUUCGAUUCCACGGAGGUUGGAUGGUUUUCAGCUGCUCAAGUGGCUGAAGUUGACACGGUGCAAAAGUAUUGGCCAAUAUGCGAGAGGUCGAAUUGGAGAUCCGUUUUACGUGUAUUGGUAUUCAACAGCCCAUGGUAUUGCUUAGUGGCUACUGAUUCGCGAAGCCGAAUGCGACACGGGGAGUUAAGCAUAGGAGAACGCCUGCCGGAACCACCCUACUGGAACAGGGGUCGAGUUUUCACAACUCGCAUAUCAAGGCGCCGUUUGCGCGUCGCAUGUGCUUUCUCUAUUUUGUCGAGUGUGAAGUGUCCAUCUCAUCGCAGGUGUGUGCAGCAAGCCCUCAUCAUCUCAAGAAGAAUUGAUCUUGCUGAACCAAGAACAAGAGCUCAAGAUUUCAAGCCCAAGGGACGUGGACAAAUAUUAAAAUAGUGAAAAUAGUAAUGCUACUUCAAGUAGUGUUACAUUUUACUUGGUGUAGCCCCUUGUUGGGUUUGUUUCAAGUCUCCUCAUGGUUGGGGACUCUGUGGUGGUGUACCACCAACUUGGACCUCGGCUCUUGGGAUAUGUAGAGGCUGGGAACCAUCCCUACCUCGAAUUCUUCUUCCUAAGUUUUUGUACUCCUAAGACUCUGGUGGCUGCUGUACCUCCUGCCAGUCAAUCCGCC